AAGGCUGACGCACGAACGUAACGACAUAAAUCUCGCUGUGAUGGCUGCUCCUCCCGAUACGGAGAGUUUGGAGUCUCGCAUUAACAGAGCAACCAACCCACUGAAUAGGGAAACCGACUGGAGCAGCAUCAAUGCGUUCUGUGAACAGCUCAACAAUGAUUUGGAGGGACCUCAGCUGGCCACCAGGCUGCUGGCUCACAAGAUCCAAUCUCCGCAGGAGUGGGAAGCCAUGCAGGCUCUUGUGGUUCUGGAGUCGUGUAUGAAAAACUGUGGGAAACGCUUUCACAAUGAAGUGGGCAAGUUCCGCUUCCUUAAUGAGCUUAUCAAAGUAGUUUCACCAAAGUACCUGGGUUCACGCUCACCAGAGCCAGUGAAGAAGAAGGUCUUGGAGUUAAUCUAUGGCUGGACGUUAGGGUUGCCCGAUGAGGCCAAAAUUGUAGAUGCCUAUCAGAUGCUAAAGAAACAAGGUAUUAUCAAACAAGACCCAGAACUUCCACCUGAUAAACUACCCAAUCUUCCUCCACCUCGACCUAAAAAUGCCAUUUUUGAAGAUGAAGAAAAGUCCAAAAUGUUGUCUCGCCUGCUGAACAGCUCGCAUCCUGAAGACUUGAAGGCCGCCAACAAACUCAUCAAGGAAAUGGUCCAAGAGGAUCAGAAGCGAGCAGAGAAGGUGUCCAAGCGCGAGGGUGCCAUCCAGGAGGUAAAGGAGAGCAUCUGUCUGCUGACUCAGCUCCUGCAGGACUACGACGCUAACACCACAACUCAGAGCAACUCAGAGCUCAUACAGGACCUUUACCAGCGCUGCGAAAAAAUGAGACCCACACUGUUCAGAUUGGCAAGCGAUACGGAGGAUAAUGACGAGGCUUUAGCGGAGAUCCUGCAGGCCAAUGACAGCCUGACCCAUGUCAUCAAUUUGUACAAACAGCAGGUGAAAGGGGAGAUAGUGAACAGCAACAAUGCAUUAAACGCACAAAAACAGACAGGAGUGGGGACAGCACUGCUGGAUCUGUCUGGGUUGGACACAUCACCCCAGUCGCCCCCCUCCUUCCCGGAACUCCCUACUCCCACCGACAGCCUCAAUGCAACCUCGCAGGAGACUGGCAUAUCGCUACUCGAUGAUGAGCUCAUGUCGCUUGGUUUAAGUGAAGGAACACACACCUCUAACCCUGCCGGGGACUCCACGGCCUGGGACUCCUUCCAGUCGUCUGACAGCAUCGAUGCAGACAUCCAAGCAGCACCCAGUCUCCUCCUGAGUCCGGAACCUCCCUCCCAAUCGCACCCCGUUGCUCCCGCCUCUGAUCCCAGAGGUUCGGUCCUGGAUGAACUCGACUUACUGGGAAAGACGCUGCUGCAGCAGUCGCUCCCUCCCGAAGGCCAACACGUCAAAUGGGACAAACAGCAGGUCAAACCAACUCUGAGAGAUCUACAGAACAAGUCGGGGUCUAAUAUUACCCCGAACCCCAUCCCGGUCUUCACCUCGGAGCGCCCCGCACUACACCUCCACUCAAGGGCCCCCAGCCUUGGCCCUAAAUUUGAUCCGGCGCACACACAGACUGCGUCUGUUGAGGACUCACUGGCUGAUGUUUUUGUACCUCUAGAAUCCAUUAAACCCAGCAGUCUGUUACCAGUGACUGUCUUUGACGGACACAGCCUGCGGGUUCUCUGCCACUUCGCUCGCGACCCGCCUCCAUUACGCCCUGACGUGCGGGUGGUGAUCAUCUCCAUGCUGUCCUCUGCUCCCGUGCCCGUCACAAACAUGAACUUGCACAUCUCUGCUCAUAAGUCAAUGGCGGUAAAGUUGCAGCCGCCAUCUGGAACAGAUCUCCCAGCGUUCAAUCCCAUCCUUCCCACCGCUGCUAUCACACAGAUCAUGCUGCUGGCGAACCCAGGCAAGGAGAAGGUUGAGCUGCAGUACAGAUUGAGCUUCACCUUGGGUGAGCAGGAGCACAGUGAGAGUGGCACUCUUGAAAACUGGCCUGCUCCAGACACGUGGGGGAACCUAUAGCGUCGAAAUCCAACCUGACAGACUCUUGUCCACCAAACUCUCUGCAGUAACACUCUAUACCUGCUCUGAUUUUUGUACAUUUUUUUUUUUCCACCUUUGCCUCCUGCUCAUGCUCCGCAUGUGUGCGUGCGCGCGUGUGUGUGUGUGUGUGUGUGUGCUUUGCUUUUGCUGACUGCUUCUAAACACCGCCUGUCUUUUUCUCGUUCUUUUAAAGACUGUGCUACAAAUGAAGAACUGACAUCCACGAUUGCAUGUGCGUAUGUGCUUCAGGUCGUUGGCCUUGAGCACAAUGUUUGACUGUAGAUUUGUCCUUCACCUCUGCAUGCUCUGCCAUCAUGACACGCCAACACAGAAAGGACAUAACGUUACCUCUUCAUAGUUUGUCAAACCAAAACUGCCGAAUCAUUGUCUCAUGUUAAUAGAGACUUUCCUUUUUUUGUGUAAUGAAAAAAAAAGUACUGUGACAUUGUUGUGUAUUUUCUGCCAUAUGUGCCUCUUUCUCAGUUCUGUUUAGCUUUUAGCUUUUUGUUCUGUAAUACAUCAUUUAGUUCAGAAAGUGCAGUGUAUCAUUAUAUUUUAAUAUACAUUCAUGGGGUUUUAGUAGGAUCUCAGUUCAAUUGUGACAAACCAUAGCUCUUGAUAUUUCACCAUUACAUGAGCAAAGUUAAAUUGAUAAUGCAUGAAAUGGUUUGCUAAUCAAAUUGUGAAUUUGGAGCUUGGUGUCCAGCUCAAACAUCUUCAUUUGAGCUCUACGUUCUCUGCUCCCUUCUAGUGCAACUGAUUUGUAAAUACCAAUGUACAUUUGACCUUGCAAAAGCAUAAACAGUGCUAAGAUAUGAAUGAAGGGGUAAUAAAAGUUUUGGUGGAGGUGGGGACUAAUUUAAAGAUAGUAGUCCUAAGUUUGUGCUCUUCACUCUGUUGUUAUGUAUGACAUGAUACCAGCCAUUUACUGUUUUUUAUUU